GUUGCGAACAGUUUGGCCCGGAAGCAGAACUCCAAAUUCCGGAUCCUGUAAGUUCUUCCGAGGUCACGACCCCAGGCUUUGGUUCAUUCAGUUUUAACAUGGCAGCCUCCGCGGUAAAAGGACUAACUGCGUUGCGUUCCCGUACUGGUCGGCCUAUAGCGUUUAUUAGAAAAAUUCCUUGGACCGCGGCAUCGAGUGAGCUAAGAGAACAUUUUGCUCAGUUUGGCCAUGUAAGAAGGUGCACUGUACCUUUUGACAAAGAGACUGGCUUUCACAGAGGCAUGGGUUGGGUUCAGUUUUCUUCACAGGAAGAACUUCAGAAUGCACUACAAGAAGAACAUCAUAUUAUUGAUGGAGUAGAAAUCCAUGUUCAACCUCAAAAACCAAAGGUUUUGCACGGGGCUCAAACAUCUGAUGAAGAGAAAGAUUUCUGACAUGAUCAGUGUCCUGUCCACUAAAUAAACAGAACUUAGACUUUUUCUAAAUGUGUUUUUUUUUUUUUUUUUGAAACUAGUUUGCACUAAGCAAGAACUUGGUUUCCCCACUGCACAGUAGAAGAGUCCAACAGGGCAAAUGCAUCUGCCAGCACAGUUCGAGUGUAUGAGCAUCCACCUACUAACCAUUUGGGGUAAUUCAUAAAGUUCUUACAGAAAAUUUUACCCCUGGAUUAGCAAGGAAGUAGCCUCAAUUUUGUCAGGGGCAGUAUUUUUUAUAAGUGCUGCAAGAUUGGAGAGGCACAAACACAGACCAUUCUUUAUAAAAACUACUGCGAAAUAGAAUAUGCAUUGCCUCUAUCUCCUGGAUGGAAGGAGUGUUGGGAUCUAUCACCCAGAUUUGGUUUGUUUUUUUUUUUAAUUUUUUUUUUAAAUACAGUCCAGUUGUUAUCCCCCUCCCCAUCAUCUCUCCAAAAAUUCCUCUUCCCCUGUCUCCAAGAGGAUGCCCCACCCCACCCCCCACCCCCCAGGCUUCCCCAUUCUUUGUGGUCUCAAGUCUCUUGAGGGUUAGGUCCAUUUUCUCUCACUCUGGCCAGACCAGGCAGUCCUCUGCUGUAUACGUCAGAUUUAAUUUCAAGAGGCCCAUCUACUCCUUCCUUCGCUUCUUGCCUUCAUGUUCAUGUUCCUUGGGGCGACUGCUAUCUGAAGGUCUUUUAGACCCACCAUGCUGUUUUGCUUCUUCCAAAAAUUUGUCCAAACCAAAAGGAUCUUCCUCAAACUGAACUGGUCCUUCUCGGCCUCUCUUUCUACCAUCUGAACCUGAAAACUCUUUAUCAGGAACAAAUCUAGGGGGAAAAGAGAAGAAGUUAUGAACUAUUUCUGUUUUGCUGGUGUAAACAGGAAUGAACAGCAACUGUCUGCAUUGGUACCUGUUGGUCUUUAUCCUGGUUUCGAGGUCAUCGCCAUACAUGUCCUUGUCCAGAUUUUUACUCGGCCUAUAGAUACUCUGAGCCAUAUCUUUGCCACCUCUCCAGGCUUGAUCAUAAACAUUGUAAAUUUCAUCUUCUCCACCUGCAAAUCCACUGUCCAUACCCUGUGGAAAAAAUGAAUGACACCAAAUAAAAAUGUAUACUUAUCCAAAGCUGAAUCUAAAUGCUUAGGAAUUAAUAGACACACGUUUACAGCUAAUUAAGAAAUCGCAACUACAAUAUUUAUGUAAAAUAGUAAGUAUACAGUUGUUUAUACACAUUUGAGUUCUUACUUAGAAACUAAAAUUAAAUCAGAGUAUUCAUUAGAUUAGGUUAAUCCCAGCACUAAUGAGGCAAGCAGGUGAGUCUCUGCCAGUCUGAAUAUCACGUUCUAAGACAGCCAGAGCUAUAUAACAUUCCCGGUCUCACACGACAGCAAAGUUCUGACUAACCAAAAAUAAAAGACAAUGGCUAGGCGUGGUGACGCAUAGCUUUAAUCCCAACACUCACAAGCAGAGGCAGGCAGAUCUGGUUUACAAAGUGAAUUCAGGACAGCAAGGAUACACCUAGAACCCAUCUUCAAAACCCAAAACUGAAGAACAAAUAAAAACCCCAAUCCAAGAAAAACAAGACAGAAAGUUGGCUGUGUAGAGAAGGAGGGGUGGAUCUGGGAGCAGGUGGAGGAGAGUGAAUAUGGUAAAAUUCAAUUGUAUGAAGUCCUCAGGAAAAAAAGAAAAAGAAAAUCAACUAAAAAUGUCAUUAAAAUUGAAGGAUUGUAUUGUGGGUACUGGAUAAUGAUGCUGAGAAAAGUUACCUCAACUGCCUGAGAAUGUCAGUAUUAAUUAAAGCACAAGAUCAUAAGGUCCUCAAUGAAAAUCUUAAAAACUUUAACUCAGCUUUUAAAAGGUUUAAGCUCAAGGUCAGAAGAGAUGGCUGCUGUGAAAGAUUUACUCCUGUGGCGCCUCCACCCCAACUCCUGCUCAGUCUGGCUGAUGCUGCAAAGCAGUUAUGAAAGAAGCUUUGGCAUCAAAGCAUUCAAGGUUGAAUCUCAGUUCCAUCAAUGACUCGAUCCUGUCUUAAUUAUCCAUGAGAGGUAAUAGGGUGGGUGCUGCAGAGACAGUUCAGUGUUAAAGCAGUUUCUACAUAAACAUGAGGGCCCAGGCUUGGAUUCCUAGGACCCAUGUAAAUGAUAGGUGGGUGUGGAAGCUUGCGUAACUCCAUUCUCUGAAGAUGCAGACAGGAAAUCUCAGAGCAGGCUGGGUAAUUCUAUCAGUGAGUUCUGGGAUGGACUGAGAGAUCUGCCUCAGUGAAUAAUGUGGAAGGCAGAGUGAUAAAGACAAUUCCCAACAUCAAUUUCCAACAUAAACAUAUGCAUGUACACAUACUGCCUACACAUGCAAACAUGCAUACGAAUG